UUACUUUACAUUUAUUUUUACGCGUGUCUACGUCGUAUAUUAAGAACAUAAUGUCUUUGUACAACACACUGACAUGAGCCAGGGAGGGGCUGCUGCUGCUGCAAAACACACUGAUAGAAUGAAUGCAAAGAGCCAAAAGAACACUUCCUGUUGAUGCAAAAAUUGCAGCAGCAACUGUCUGACACAUCUGGACUGGAGAGGGGGGGAGGCCUGGCUGUAGUGUUAGCGAACUACUGAGUGGAAUGGACAACGUUUAAUGCUAAUCUGCAAGACGGCAGCCGACAAACUGGAGAAACAUAUCCAAGAAAUGGACGACGGCAGCUACAUCGAGUUCGAUGUGCCGGAGUUCAGUAACACUGUUCUGACCCAGCUCAAUGAGCUGCGGCUGCAAGGGAAGUUGUGUGACAUAAUUGUUCACAUUCAGGGCCAGCCAUUUCGAGCCCACAAGGCUGUGCUGGCAGCUAGUUCACCCUACUUUCGUGACCACUCAGCUCUCAGCACCAUGAGUGGCCUUUCCAUCUCGGUCAUCAAAAGCCCUGAAGUGUUUGAGCAGCUUCUUGCAUUCUGCUACACAGGUCACAUGUCCCUGCAGCUCAAAGAUAUUAUCAGUUUCCUCACUGCUGCCAGCUUUCUGCAGAUGCAGGCCAUCAUUGACAAGUGUACCCAAAUCCUGGAGAGCAUCCACUCCAAGAUCAGCCUCCCAGUUAGUGUCUGCAGCCCGGAGAAGGACGACUCACAGGCCGGCGGCAAUGGGGUCAAUGACAGCAACCUCUUUGUAAACCCUACCCAGAUCUCCCCCCCUUACUACUCCCGGCAGAAUCAGGCAGGACAUGAAGCGCGCUUUGAGCUGGCAGGAAAAGGCCUAGGCCGGGGGCGACAGCAGCAAGAGGAAGGCCAGUCGGACCGAGGCAGUAGUGAUAGUGUGUCAGAGCUUGAUGCUCCCAUGGAUGGAGAAACGGAGCAAGUGGAACUGAUUGGCAAAGAUGGGCAAGUAACAGAUGUGCAUGUGAAGAUAGAGAAGACGGACAGGCCCACAUACUCCGAUAGCUCCUCAGCCGGUGACGAUGGCUACCACACAGAGUUGGUAGAUGGAGAACAGGUAUUGGCUGUUAGUGUGGGAUCUUAUGGUCCUGUCAUCCAGUCUGCCGCCUAUUCUUACUCAGGGCUGUCCUCACCGUGCUUUGUCAACCUUACCAACUCCAGCCCUUCCCGCUCCAUGCUCAGUGGCUACAGAGGUGGGCGAGCCAGGGCAAAGCGGCCCCUGGCCAUCCCAGCGGGAGUGCUGAGUCAUAUCAAACCAGGCUCCGAUGACGGCGAAUCAGCAGUGGGACCCACAGGGUUGGAGAACGAUGUGCGCGAGCGUAGCCUACGGAGCCAGUGGUACCCCUACAAUGAGAGACUUAUUUGCAUCUACUGUGGAAAGACCUUCAAUCAGAAAGGGAGCCUGGAUCGCCACAUGCGCCUGCACAUGGGAAUCACCCCAUUUGUUUGUAAAUUCUGUGGCAAGAAGUACACAAGGAAAGACCAGCUGGAGUACCACAUCCGUGGCCACACGGACAACAAGCCCUUCCACUGUCAGAUCUGUGGCAAAUGCUUCCCAUUUCAGGGCACCCUUAACCAGCACCUGAGGAAGAAGCACAUGGGCGCAUCAGAGGGCAGUAAUCAUAUAGACUCUCCAGAGACGACGGAGGGGAACUCAGGUCAGAAGGACCAAGAGGAUACGUCCGAGGGGAUGGCCUUUGAGGCACAAUAUGCAGAAGAGGCACCUGCCAAUGAUAUGGAGGAGAGUUCAAAAUGCAGUCCAGAGGAGGCUCAAGCUUCAAGAUGUGAUUUUUAGGUCCUGCUUCAGGUUUAAGAAGCUUUAAGAAAUGUUUAUCUUAACUCAACUUAUAGGACUUUUUUUCUUUUCUUUUUGAAUCAGCUCCCUCUACUAUAGACAUUUCUUGCGUCAAGGGAUUCUGUCAUUUUGUGAAAGUUAGAUGUUGAAUGCAGAGAGCAAAUGGGUGCUUUAUAGAGAUUUGAUUAUUUCAAGCAAAGGGAGUAAGAACUUACUAUUUUUCAGGAGGUCCCAAUAAUCAAGACCCCCUCAUUGAUUUCUCUUUAUAUCUUUCCAUGUUUUUUAAAACAUAUUUACAGAGUUAUAUAGGCAUGUUGCAAUAAUUGAUAAUGUGAAAGCUCUGGUAAGAUGCUUGUCAUAUCACCUUUUUACCUGACCUGUUUUUGCACAUGUGGCCACAGGAGGUCACUUACUCACAAGGAAUGAUUUUUCUGCCAGUGCAAAGCUUUGUGUGACAUAUCCGUUCAAUACCUCAUAAAUGCAACUACAUACUCAUAACAGACAGUAUUUUAACUUACAUGAAACUCACCAGGUUCUACCUCAUAGCCAAGAACCUACCAGGCACAGACGUGUUCACCGUUUGAAAUCCGUUUUAGGUUGUAUGUACAGUAUCUUAUUGCCAAACCCUGUAAAGAAUAUUCUCUCAACGUAAAGCCUUGAUACUUAGGGGAACUAUUCCUUGCUGAUUGUAUGGAUUAAGGACAUAGUCCUUGUCAAAUGUUUCUUGGUCAGCCAGGUUAAAGUGAUUUUUUUUUAGAAGGUGCUAUGUAAGGAGUACAUUAAAUUUGCUAGCUUUCUUGUGUGUUUGUUUUUGGCAAAUGCAGACAAUAGAGACAGAAAACGGCCCUGCAUAUUUUUCAAGAUAUUUAUCUGUCUUAUAACGUUUGUUCUACACAACACUUAAGAAUUUUAUCUCUCAUCACUACUGGAGAUCUUGCUCUGUUGGCGUGGGUAAAGAUGCUGUCAUCCAUGUAAUGGGUGAAUUACAUCCAUAUAGUGAAGUCAUUUGUAAUUCCUUUAUACUCUGGUGGAGACUUAUACUGAAUUAUUGUUGUAUGUGUAAAUUGUUUUGUCCUGAGGUAGGCUUCUAGGUUAAUACUCAGCGUCUGACGGAGACAGGCGUACUCAUUGUCAACUCAGCACAGUAGGAACAGCUGUUCACACAAAUCAAUACAGUAUACUAGUCUGAAUAAUAUGCAAAACAGAAAGAACAAAGGAAUCUCAGCCAUUUUGACAUGGUUUUUCUUCCAUUAUUUGAAAGAGCUAUUUACUUGUUUCCUUUUCUUUCCUUCCCUCUGUCCUUCCUUUGAGGACGGGACGGUUGGUCUGGGUUCUUUGUUCCCUGCAUUGGUUGGGGUCAAAUGCAGACUUGGAACAAGUUUUCCUUAUUUGUUAAUCCUGUUUUGUGGUGUUGACAUAGAUGCGGCAUAGCUAGACCAAGGCUAAGAGGUAAAUGUUGUCGGAGGUAGCUGGUGAUCCAAAGUAUUGAUGCACUUUGCAGAGUUUAGUGUGUGUGUGAGUGUGGG